CGGCACAUGGAUUUGGUAGCAUCUGAUUUGACGUCACAAUAUGGUGCAGUUUAGUCUUCUGAGUCUUACUUUAUUACGAAAACGAUGGCGUUUAUGCUAUGGCCACUAGUCGUAGCAAGUUCUAUUAUGUUAUUUUAGUAGAAUUACGAAAGGGUACAUGGACAUUUUUUAUUUAGACACAACAAUUAUGCUGACAUUACCAACAUUUGCUGCUUAUGAAGCAAGUUGGAGUUCAUGACGUAAUGAGAUGUUACCGACUGAUGAUAAAGGUUAAGCUUUAAGCAUGACAACCGCUGUGGAGUCUCCACAGUUUAUUCGAACAAUUGAAUGGGAUAUGAUGGACAAAAGCAAGUUUUUCCCCCUGAGUAUGCUUAGUACAUUUUCAGUUCGAUGUGUGCUCUAUCCUUUAACUGUUAUCAAGACCAGACUGCAAGUGCAAAGACAUGAUCAGAUGUACAAAGGUAUGAUUGAUGCAUGGAGCAAGAUUUACCGAUAUGAGGGAGCAUCAGGGUUAUAUCGUGGUUUCUGGGUGAGCACAUUCCAAAUUGUGUCUGGAGUAUUCUACAUCUCAACGUAUGAAGGUGUACGACAUGUAUUGACCCGCUAUGAUGCUGACACAAGGAUGAAAUCUCUUGUAGCUGGAGGAUGUGCAUCACUCGUAGGGCAGACUAUUGUUGUCCCAUUUGAUGUGCUCAGUCAGCACCUAAUGGUUCUUGGAAAAGAGAACAAGGUGAUGCUGAAUCCACUGGGCAUAUCACUUGAUCCAGCCCGUUCACGUCUCCAGGUGACUACAGAUAUAGCACGACAAAUAUAUUUACAUGACGGUGUGCGAGGUUUCUACAGAGGCUACGUUGCUUCAUUAUGCGCCUAUGUACCAAAUUCUGCCCUAUGGUGGGCCUUUUAUGAUCUGUAUCAAGAUCACUUGCAUGCAGUACUUCCUAACUGGGUGUCACAUUUAUUCAUCCAGUGCAUGGCUGGAACUCUUGGUGGCUUCACAACAACAUUAAUUACCAAUCCAUUGGACAUUAUUCGAGCAAGACUGCAGGUUCAGCGUUUGGGCUCUAUGCAGAGGACAUUCCACAUCUUGUGGUCAGAGGAGCGAUUACGAAUGUUCACCAAGGGCCUGUCAGCUCGUCUAGUACAAUCAGCUUGUUUCAGCUUUGCCAUCAUCUUGGGUUAUGAGACUAUCAAGCGAAUGAGUAUCAUUGAGGAGUACCGUGAUUAUAUACGAUGGUAGCUGGUUCUAUCAACUGAUGAUUUGUAGUGUUAAUGCAUUGUGGAGUUUAAUAGCAGAAUUAGUAAAGUGUUUUCACUAUGUGUUACAUUGAUCAAUAAACAAAAAUUGCAAUACUGUUGCAUUUUUUGUCAUCUAUGUUAAAAUAUUUAUGGACAGGUGACUGAAUAUAUGAUACAUUAAGUAUGGAAUUAGGGUAGGCCUUUUUCUUUCAAAUGAUGUUUGAACCAUUGUGAUCAUCUCUUAGGCUAAAAUUGACCAUACUACCUUUCCAGUGGGUCCGGUUUAGCCUUACAGAUAUUUUAUUUUUUGACGUAAAUACAUCUAUACGGAAGGGUCAUUUGGCAAAAAAAGCGUAACGAAGAUGCGUAAUGAAAAUGUGAAAGAUCCAUAUCAACAAUGUGUAAAUAUGUACCAACAACAAUGGUCAGCUUUUUACAUUACUGCUGUCAACAAUACGCUUUUGUUAUUGCGGAAAGAGCUGAGCUGUGAAUCGCUUGUAGAAGAAGUGUCGUAGACUAGAUAAUUUUGUGCUGGUAAAAACGUUUUAGAAUAUCAAAAGUACUUAUCUUAUAUAAGAAUUAUUACAUUUCAUUACAUUACAGAGAUGUAUUUACGUCAGAUUCUCCGGAACCGUGGUUCCACUGUCAACUUUUUUUCUAUAGAUAGGUUACCAGGCCAGUGGGCAGCCCUGACCCUGGGGGACCAUCUGGAAGGUAAAUAACGUGGAAAGUUUGACAGUACAUUAUGUAACUUGUACUAAAUUUAGUUCCAUUGCUAGAAGGUGAUAAUAUUAUGUAUGCCCUUGUGAACUAUUGAAAAGUUGAUAUAUGUUCUAUUAUAUUUAAAAGUUUACUCUUUCAUGUGAAUCUUCUACAAUCUGUGCACUAAAUAUGCUUGUGACUAAAUGAUUGUUUAAUUUUUAUAAAUGCUAAUCCAUGUCAGUUUGAUGUGUACAGGAUGUGCAUUCAUAUUUAGGUUUUAUGAUAUUUUUUUUCCCUUCAACUUCUCAGUGUCCACUAUUGGACAUAGGUCUCCCAUUUGGGGAUUUUUAGCCAUACACUACCACACUGGCCAGUGUGGGUUGGUAGCGGACAAACAUCCAUGCCUUGAGUGGGACUUGAACCCACGGUCGCAGCAGUCAGGCGCAUGAGGAUCAUGCCUCAAACUAAGUGGCUACUGCGGCCGGCUUUAUGAUAUUAUGUCUUAUUAAUUGUGUUAGACCAGUAUUUCCAAAAAAUAAAAAAAAUAAAGAUAGAUUUGUUCAGAGUAAUAACUGGUUUUUUUCAGGAUAGUACAUGUUCUAAGAUUAUAAUUUAAAAAUGUCAGGCUGCAAUAGCAUAAAGUAGGGCAUACCCUAAUUUGGUUGUACCACAAUUCAGGUAGCUAGAAGCAUCUUGGUACAGAGACCUAUUUUCAAAAAGUUUCGUGAAGAAUGAAGUGACACUGGAGUAGAUUUUUGUCAUGAGUUUUUCAUUUUCCCUGUAUCAGUCAUCAUUCCACCAUUGCUCUACACUCAGCUACCACCACCACAUCAAGUAUGCGAUAAUCCUUACCACACAGUGAAUUAUCAUACCCUUGGUCCUAGGUUAGAGGCUUUAUCUCUGAUCUGGCUUUGGAGUAAAUCCAUUUUAGCUUUUUUAUGUGUAUGGGAAUAUUCUAUAUUUUGACUAGAGUGAAUAAGGAUGUAACAGAUGCAUUGAAAGGCUGUGGUUAAGUGCAAAAAAUGUAACACAUUGUUGAUAUGAACCCCAUAUUUAUUAUGACCAUUCUUAAUACAAUAAAUGUAAAUAGUGAUCAGUCUCUUGACAUUUUCCAAUAGAAUGCAACUAUUUGUAGCUGGUAGUGUGCAAAAAAAAGCUUUGUAUUGAAUUACACUAUUACUAUAUAAGCAUUAUAGCAUAUUAAAAAUUUUAAGUUACCUGUAAGAUUUUAUGACACGUCAUUUUGUAUAUUUAAUGCUUUCAGUGUUUGCAGUGUUUGGUUUCGAUAUGUAUGCCUUGAGGUUAUGUCUGAACCAAAUGUAUAUACUUAUUAAACUGAUAUUCAUCCACUA